AUGGAUACAGAGUACCUCAAGAAAUGCAUAGGAAAAUGCUUAGCUGAGGGACUUGCAGAGGUGGCUGAGCAUCGGCCAGCAGACCCAAUUAAUUAUCUGGCAUACUGGCUUUACAAAUACAAGAAAAAUUUAAAUAAAGAAGAAGAGAGGAAGGUAGAGAGGGCCCAGCUGAUACAAGAUCGUGCAAAGGCCCUGUUAGAACUGGAAAUGGUACAACAACUGAAAGCAGAAGAGCUCCUGAUCAGGCAGAAAACUGAAGCACAUUAUCAGGGAGUGAAGGCGGUGUGGAAUGAGGCUUAUACACCUCUUGCAGGAGGGGCACUUGAUAAGGGAGCCCAGGCCCUCCAACUCCACCAGGCUCUGACUCAGGGCCCUAUAAGAGCCAAUCAGAGUCUGGCUCUCGGAGCACUCUCGGAGUUACCACCUGGGUCACUUCCUACCAUCUGUGUCUCCUCAUGGCUCCAAAAGAUAAUUAUUGAACAGUAUCCAAGAAAGAUGACAGCAGAACUGACCAACAAGUCUGGAACCCCUAAUUUGGCAACUGUUGUAGAGGAUGAUGAGAUUGUUAUUUAG